GAUUGAUCUAAUUGAAAAUAGGAAGACACGACAACUUGGUUUUUUGACGAAAUUCAAAUCCUAUCCUACCAUGAACAUCAUACCGCAAUGCAAAUGCUAGAACCACUUGGAGAAAUUGCUAAUUGUAUAUUUAAAUUUAUCUUGUAAAAGUAAAAUAAAAAUUGAAAUUCUAAAUCCUACCUGUGAUCUUGUACACUACAAUAUCCUAAUAAAUAAAGAAAUCCUGCACAUUUUUCCACGUACCGAAAUUACAAAGUAUAGUACGAAAAAAUCAUUGACCGAAAGGAGCUUGAUGAUGUUAUCAAGUCGCGGCUCAAAGUCGAGCCUUGCCCUUGGGCAGACCACGGUCUCGUCAAUGUGCGCAGCCGCUUUCUGGACAUUCACCAUGAAGUCUUGUGCCGCAGCUUUUCUCGGCGCGUUUUUGUUUUCCGACCUUGUUCCCCUCGAAGAGCAUUUCCGUUUUUUCACCCCUACUACUACUUCCCGAUUCAAGAGCACGAUAGGAAAGCUGCAGAACAACGAGCUGAUGGUCAACCACGGCGCAAGAAUUGUUCCAACUCGAACUCCGCCCACUACGACGAGUACCAUUUACAUUUUCGCCUUCGCGUUGCAGCACGAAAUCGGGCGACUCGAUGAGGCCGUGGAAAACAAGCAGGCGACUUCUCAAGCACAGCAGGAGGUAGUUGUAGAUUGAUGAUGUUAAUCUGAAUGAUGCAUAUUCAUCUCUACGGUGAAUUUAAAUAUUCAAACAGUGAUAUUCGCAAACUCUGGUACGACUACGAUCCAACGCAAAAUGUUCAGAAACGCAACCUGCGUGGAUCCGUGCUGACUUCCGCUGGAAAAUUCUUUGGGUUGAUCUGGGAUCUCGUCCCACAGGACAAGAUGAAAGAGAAGAAAGAAGCAGUGGAGCAGUUUUUCCUCGUGAUGCAGGCGCGCCGCGCGGGCGAUGACGACCCGCAGCCAGGCCCGAAGAACUACCGGAAAUUACUUGACCGGGGCGAAAAACUGCACUACAUUUUCGAGAAGUAUGGGGGUGUCAGGAUUGAAAUCGACAACGUUGAAAAUGAAAUAACUUCUCAUGCAUAAAUUGCAAGGCAUAGGCAUGAAGCGCCUCUCUUGCAGGGAUGCCAAGUGAGGCCGACUGUCGGCCUGUUUGGGGUCUGCGAUAGAGCUGCUAAAGCAGCACGACAACAGACGCCGUCUGUCCCUAAACAGCAUGACAAAAUGGAUUUCGAAGGUCUCGAAAUUUGUCAUGCACCGCUUGGAGGAAACUGGGCUUGCAUCUGGUAUCGAUUUUACGCGAUGCAAGUUAUUUCAAGUUUGUCGAUUUCAAUCCUGACACUCCCAUAAGCAGUCCGCGGGCCAGGACGUCAUGUUUUGGACCAGCGAGCAGAUUACUCUGUGCAAAAGUAUCGUACUCGUACUAAUUGCAAAUAUGCAUUGCAACUCUUCUUCCUAAGGUAGAACAGCAUUACAAAUUGCAUUUGUCAUUCUGAGGAAAUCUGUAAUGCAAUUAUACUAAUACGAUGCUUUUGCAUUGCAUACAGAUCCUGCACAUCAACGUCAAAGAAGGGUGGCCGUACUAUUGGAAAGACACCGUCGGCACGGAGCAGCCGCAGACCAAAUUUAGCGCCAUGCGGUGGUCGGCGGUUCUUUCCUGGUGCAGCGAGCCGGUGGGAACGCGGCUGGAUUUGGACUCCAAGUUCACCCUGGAAACGGAAACUGACAGUCGGCAAAUUAACGUUUCCGUGGACGUGAAGCAAGCCUUCGAACUGCACCACUUUCUGUCCUGGCGGCUGCUCGCCUCCAACUCGCUCCACCUGCCCGAGCCCGCGGGGUUCAGCAAGAGGUUCGCCGCCGCGCACGAGCCGUGUGACUUGGAAAAUUUCAAGCAAAAAGGCCACGACAACGGGAACGGCGGGAUCCUGAGCACGACGCAGUUGUUCUUCUGGAAGGCGGGCAUGAAACAGGUGGACCCGGCGUGUACGCAGGCGAUUUUGCGGGAGAAAAAGGUACUGCUGCACGACGAGCGGGUCGAACUCGCGCUGGCGUCGGAGGCCGGGGCGGUGGACCUGGAUACCAACAUUCGCGACGCGGUGAUCUUUACCAAUUACCGGAUUCUCAAGCAGGACGUCCCCGACCUGCUCGAGAAGCACCUCACGGGCGGCAAGGCGAACUACAUUUCCUACCUCUACUCCGCCGUCCGCGCCUGGACCUUUCACACGCCGGGCUCCUUUCUCGACUGGGACAGUACCGUGGUGAUUCACACGAAAAUCUACGAAAGCCGGGGGGACGGGUCGCACUAUCACAGGCAAAUAAACUGCGUCUGGAGUUGUAAACUACAAAUUGCCCUUGAGAACAACGAACAGGAAUCGGCCAAUGCAUUUAUCCACUACAUUGACAGGUCUUGUUUUUGUCCGGUAUCACAACUCUAAACGCACCAGACGUAUUUGCAAUGCAUACGCACGGCCCGCGCACCAUUCACCUGAACAUCCGAGGGGGCGGGGAAGGUGGCACCACCUUUGGCUACGAGACGCUCUGGGGCGUGGGCACCAGCCCCUUGCUGGUCACGCACCUCCUAUCCUGGCGGGUCCUGGGCAACGCGCCCGCGGCCAAGAUGGGCGACAAGCUGCUGGCGUUGGUGGACGGAGAAGCGGGAGGGGCUGGUGCGGAGCAGGCGAGCGUAUCCACAGAAAAAAACUCAUCGCAUCCCCAUAUAUAAUUUUUUGCAUGACAGACACAGAAUAAGAAUUUUAUGAAUGUAUGUUUUGCAUGACAAAGAAAUUGGAUGUGGAUGGGUGUUUUUUCCUGGAUAGAGCGGGGGCUUUUUCGACUGGCUUUUGCAGUUGGACAACGGCAUUCGAAUCCGGGACAAAUCUAUCGUGCAGGACAUGCUGGACAAUUUCCUCACGCCCGACGCCGGCGAAACGGUGGACAUGGCCUUCGACUCCGCUACCGGGAUGUUCGCCUUCACGAAUAAACGCCUGGUAAUCAAGCGCAACAAGCUCGUGGAUUUUGGAAACCUGCUGGGCGGGUUUCUCGGGAACGAGCAGUACAUUUCCAUCGACUUGUGCAAGAAAAAAACCGUGUGAACCUAACUUUCUUUGGCUGACAGCAUCAGAAAUUCGGUCUACAUGACAGAGAAAACCUGUCAUACGUGGCUUGUAAGAAAAACACACAUGUUGAAAAGAGGACUUCAUGGCUAUGGGGCAUGACAGGUGUAAACCUGUUGCAUGUUCUGCAUUACUUACAGAGUUACACUAACACAGUUUUUUUCUUGCAUACGGCUACAACGCCAUUCAGUCCUUCGCGCUGCGCGAAAAGGCGGCGACGGAGAAGGUGUUGCCCUGGGGCGAGUAUCAAAAGGAAAAAUCCCCUCUCCCUAUAUCGAAACGGUAUGAUUCCGAAAAUUUGUGUUGCUGACUUGAGACCAUACAUCACGCCUGUCUUGCAAGAAGACAAGCGCAGAGGCUUUCGCGCCAUUAAUAUGGAAGCGAUUUGGCAUGCUGUUGGGCCUAGGGGCCAGCCGUUUGUAGUGCGAAACAACUAGACCCAAAGCCCCUACCUAGGCUGAGGAUCUUCUGGCUGCGAUGCCUUACUGCAAGACAGCGCGCAUUUAUGUACGGAAAUCCAGCAUCAGAUACUUCAUCUCGAUAUUGGGAGGGGGGAUUUUUCCUUACGAUAGCGAGGGCGAACUCUUCGUGUCCACCGACGUGCUAUCAAGUGCAAAUAUGUCUGGGUCUGGAAGAAUGCAGCUUGUCAUGCUGUUUUUGGACUCUAAAAAAAUUUGUAUUGCAUGACUAGCAAGAGGGGUACAGUUUUUGCUACACGGACAGGGUAUUUCUCAUGUGGAAGGUGCAUCAGGAAGCCCUCUAAAAGUCUGCGAUGCUAGGUCAAGGAUUACAGGCAUCAUGGGUCAUGAGAAAUAUGCAUGACAAAUCUUGCAUUCUUCCAGACCCAGACACUUUUGCAUUUCAUACGUGCCGGGCGUCUACAUUCCUCCUCCGGAUCCAGAACAUGACGGGGUCGGGGGAGGGGAAGUUGGUGCGGGACUCGAGUUGCUUGGAGAGGGUGUGCAGCUGUUGGGUGCUUUUGUGUCUUCUUCGUUCCUCUCUUUCAGCGAGGUUAAGGAGGUGGAACAUGAUGCUGUCGUAGACCACGAUGGAGCCAAGAACCAGAAGCACGCUAGUCCAACUACUUCUGCAGGCGUCGUGGUGAAAAGCAGCACUCUGCGACCAUCGGAGGACCACGACGCAGAAGAUCUUGCGUUGGAGCAUCAUCUGACGGGCGCAAUGUCUACGUCUUCCCGAAGUUCGUCAACUUCAGCCCGUGCUGGACUUACUUCUCCGCUGUCGUCGGAGGUCGAGCCACGCACUGGCGACAGCAUCGUGGCCGCAACCCCGACUUCUGUUUCGCCGAUUUCUUUAGUAUCCACAUCGGUGGCCGAAGUUCUGGAGGGGGGCUCACAGAGCUACUCCUAUCUGCAACUCGGCGGACUGAAAAACGAGGAUGAAGAUGUUGAUCAGACAGGCCUAGUAGCGAAUACGUCGCCAGCUCAUGAAGGACAAGAUGAGGAUCGGGAGCUGCGUCAUGCUCUUUCGCAAUAUGACAUUGCACAAAUCCCAUUCCCCCCCAUUUGUGAUGCAAAAUGCCAAAUUCAGUCGUUGCCUUGUAGCACUGUUUGCAUGACCAAUUUCGGAAGGAGCCCAAACGGAAACAGUAUACUCCAUUAGGUACUCAAAUUUGUCAUGCGUAGCCUCCACGUGUUCUGGUGUUUGUAUAAUUUUUGCUGUUCAUCUUCAUGCUAUACAAAUGUGGGGAAGGGGGAGUUGUGCACUCUCAUAAGCAACCGCCAGCACUGAGAAACGCUUUCAUGGAGUUGGACAACACGAUCGCAAUGAACAACCGAGAACAACAAGAAAAUCUCGUUCAACAUCGGGACAAGACGGCAAGAAAAACCGGGACAAAUGAGGCCGCUCGGAAAGAACUGCAUCAACAUCAGCAGGCCGAGUCCGCCAGGGCGCAGGCGCUGAUGACGCAGCAACGCGAGCAGCAAGCCACGCAGGUUAGCAAGCAGGAACUGGGAUUGCGCGAACGUGAAGGACAAAUGCUGCAAUUUGCAAAUUCGGUCGCUGGAUGGUGCACGAAUAUUGACGAGUGCAGAGCGGCGGGAUAUCCGACAAGUAGGAAGUAUUGCGUCAGUCUUACUGUCGGAACUGCUGGCGCUCCUUUAGAAGAUAUCAUCUGACAACUACAUCGCAGUAAUUUCCUACACAUUCAGAAGAUUUGUCUCACUCUCGUGUCCCCUGCAUGCUCAGUCAUGCAGCUGAAAAAAAAAAACCUUUCACUGUCAACAUCAUGUACAAUCUAGCCUGUGAAAUCAAAUCCGUUUCCGUUGCCUCAAAGGGACACUCAUUUUCAUACGUCAUUCUUUCUUGUUGGCAACAUGAUACGUGUGCUGGGUGUAGUCUGGCAUGUAAUUCUGGACAAUAUUAUAUGAAAAAAUGAACUUAAGAAUUAGAUUUACGUAGACCAGCACCGCGUCCGCUUGCACUCGUUAGACUGACACGAUCCACUUUUUUUCCUGCGAUUAAAGAGCUUGGGAUUUCAACAACGGGCUGAGAGAAGUGAUGGUCGAUUUUCGGGGCAGUGAGUCCUUGCUCGCCUAUCAAAGGGAAAAAUCCCCCCUCCCCAUAUCGAAACAAAGUUUCUGAUGCUGGAUUUGCGUACACAAAUCAGGUCUGUCUUGCUGGAGAGGACUGCAGGCAUAUGCCAAGCCUGGGUCGAGGGGUUUUGACGUAGGGGACUAGCAUGACAGACGUCGGCUCUGUAAGCCAAACAGCAUCACAAACCGCCGGCAUUAUGCGGCGGACUCUCUGGCUUUGCCUUCUUGCAAGACACAGAGGAUUUGUGACCUCAGAUCUGCAUCACAAAUUUUCAGACGAAUGCGUUUUCAAUAUGGGGAGGGGGCAUUUUUCCUCUCAAUAUCGCCGUACACGCUUACUUGUCCUUCCGGCUCACGCGGGUAUCCGAAAAGAAGGGCGCCGUUGCCCCGCCAAAAGAAGAUACGAAAACCUGGCGGAGCAUUGUGGAAGAAAACGAGCACGUGUGCGAACAGGGGAGCAGCUGGUUUCAGUCCGGAGUGUCGUUAUCCCGGGGAAAAAGUUUUACCGUUACACACUUGUUUGUAAGAACUACUUGAUGUACUUCAAAAAUACAUUACAAACUCUUUUUGCAUAUCAGAGAAAUCUUCCAAUGCAGAGCUCAGACGGGAAAACAUGAAUGAAGCCAAGCCCGCAAGCAUUUUGCGCAUGACAAAGGUUGUCUGUCAUGCCGGUCCUGCAGCAUCACAAUGUGGAACUGCAACACGACUUUUUUCUUGCGAUAGUCGUGGUUGGCAAACCAGUACUACCAGGAGGAGCCGGAUAUGCAUUGCAAAUAUGUCUGGGUCUGGAAGGAUGCGAACUUGUGAUGCAUGUUGCGGAUCAUACAAAAAUCUGUGUUGCGUGACUUGCAAAAGGUGCUCAUUUCUGGUCAUGCUGACAGGGCAUUUCUCAUGCAGAACAGGCAUCACAAAGGGUAAGCGACUGCAGAUCCUCCGAUGCUAGGCCCUGCAUUCCAGACUUAGCGGAGCUUGGAAAAACUGCAUGACAAAUCUCAGAAUCUUCAUCCAGACCCAGACAUAUAUGCAUUUGAUACCGGAAACCGUCAAGCAGCUUCUGAUGGCGCGAACCUUGGAAGGAACGGAAUCGACUCCGAGCGGAGGCGAGAACGACAAGAACAAUCCUGGGCUGCACCUGUUUCUUCCCGGUGAAAAGAUUCACUUCGGCUUCACCGCACAGAACCGGCACGACAUCUUGCUGUUUUAUGGAUGCGUCAUGGUGCUCGAAAUGGACUACAAAGAAAGUUGAAAUAAUUUGCUGGAGUGCAUAAGAUAGAUGAUACCAAUCGGAAACCCAACUUGAAUCUCGAGGCUGCGCAUCACAAAUUUCGGACGCUCCUAUUAAAUCCAAUCUCUGAUGCUGUUUGGGGAAACAAAGACACCUUUUUUUGUCAUUUUUUAUUUUCACAGGCUGCUCGUCCAUCUCUGACUCUGACCCUACUGCAACUCCUGCAGGACAGGCACUCUGUGCCUGGCUGCCUUUCAUGCAUCGGCAUUGCAAGUCCUUACUUUCUUGUUCACUCUUGUCAUUAAUUUCGAGCCUCCUGGCGGUUCCAUAUGUUUACCAGCUUCCGCAUCCUGCAUCGUGACUAUGACAACACCGCGUCAACAUUUUUCUCCUCCACACAGCUCACCUCGCAUAUCCAAGAAAACACGUGUGUAAGUGUCACUUGGUGGAACAGCAUUUCAAAUCUAUCCGGUAUAAAAGCAAAAACCUCUUCAUGUCCUGCGCAGAUAGGACGUCAAAACGCGCGCUCGCUACUCGACUUGAUUCAUUCUCUAAUCCAUAUCCAGCAUGACAGACGCAUCUCUCUACUUGCAUGUUUAUUGUUCGCAUCACAGACUUACACUGACGCACUUUUUCUCGUGCAUAUCCCAAGGCUCGCGGUCCAGGUGGCGAAGCAUCCCCUACGACGAGAUUCACUAUUGGAAGUUGAGCCUUCCUGGCAAAAUCGACAAGCACUUGAAGAUCUCGGACGAGGAAUUGACGCUGCAUUACGGCCUGAAAAUGUCCCCUCCGUUCAAGUUCAAAGUCGGUUGCGCGGACACGCAGAGUAUCAAAUGCAAAAAUGUCUGGGUCUGGAAGGAUCCUAACUUGUGAUGCGCAUUUUCGAACACAGAAAAAUCUCUCAUGCAUAGGUAGCAAAAGCUGCCCACUUUCUGUCACCAAAGUGGGGGAUUUCUCAUGCGGGUUCGGCAUUGCGGAAGCUUCUCGAAACCUGUGAUGCUAGAGCUUCCAUGCCAGACCUUCCGUGUCAUGCAAAAACAGCAUGAAUCUUCCAGACCCAGACAUUUUUACAUUUGAUACAGAGUCUGUACCGGUUCCUUUCCGCCGCCAUCAUCGGGCGAAGCGAACAGCCGCAAACCACCACGCAAAAUUUGGACACCGCCGAGGGCAAGUCCUGGAGCGGUGGCUGGUGGAUGGUCGACAGCAGCGACCAAUUUCGUUACGCUGACACCGGGGAAGCAACCGCGGAGUUGCGAGAAAAGCAGCCGCGCGUGCUCCUCGACUACGAGAAACUGCAAUUGGCCUACCGAAAACCUCGGGACUUUUUGGUUUUCCCGGAAAAGCACCGCUUCCUGUUCAAGGAUGUGAUCGGGCCGUUCGGCGAGGCGAUGCAGCUACACUCGUGGAAAUACGAGAAAGUCGUCAGCUGGGAAGUGGCGACGCAGGUCCGGCAGCUCCGUAGCGUGUUCGGUCGCCGCGGAGUUGGCGCGGGCGAGGGACUUGUCAUUCACGGUACCCGGUGGGAGGCCCCCGGCGGGGCGGAAAAGUGGGGAUUGUCCGGCGACAACAUGCUACCGUCUUCCUGCUUCAACUUUCUGGCCCCGGCGGCCGGGUCGCUAUGAGAGUGCACGAUUAGUGUCCUACCUCCACCUAAUUUGUCAUGCAGAUCCGAUGAAAGGCUAAGGCAUCAUAUCAACUUCAACACAAUUCGAGACGUUGCCUUUUUCCUUUAGUUUUAGCCCAAGUUUGCAUCACAACAUGCUGCACCCCAUCAAGCAGCUCUUCUGCCUAGAGGACGUGGAAUCAUCUGGCUUGUGGAAGCGAAAUCUGUCUUGUGGAAGCGAAAAAAAAAAGGAGGUAAGCAGGGGGUUUGUGAAGCGCUUUCAUAUUUCCUGUUUGUCGGCGAUGAGGCGGAAGACAUGGACAUUUUCGACGCGUUUUUCUUUUUUGAAGAAAAUUUCGCGAGGCCGCCACCUGCGGACGCAAAUCAGCUGCUGGGUGGUGGGAAAGGAGGCGCGGGACGCGCAAGAUGAAGAUACAUGAUCAUGCUGCGAUUACUUAGUUAGUGGAUCGGCGCAAGAAAAACUUUCCCCGAAGGAACUAGAAGUACCUUUCUAGCUCAUUCUUCUCUUUUCAAUAUUCACGGAGAUCAUGAGUAACAAAUACCGGACCUGCCUCAAAAAAGUCCGUGGAGAUGAAGGUCGAUGAAAUAGGCUUGUCUAGUAGCACUGUUAGCAAAUAAUGCAAAUGCUAUCCGACGGCUACGGAUACGGAAUUUAGAAUUGAAUAAUUUUCUGGUGCUUAUCGGCGCCUGCCGCAGCAGUGUAUUUAGUCUCUUCAUGAUCAUGAAGUUCGCACGGAAACGAAAAUUUUGCGUACACAUCAGAUUCAGAUGAGAAACCGGUGGGAGAACGAGCGCAUGAGAAUGAG